UUGUUGCCGAGCAACGGAGCGCGUUCUUCCUUCCAGUAGAGCCUGUCCGAGCCCACCCGGCUGCUCGGCCCCCCGGAAGGCGGGCGGGAUAUAACGCCGGGCCGAGGCACUGUCAACCUUCUCGCCGUCUGAAUGGGAGCAGAGGCGUCCCGGCAGGCGGGACAAAUUAGCCAAGAUGUCCGCAGUUUCGAAGCAUUUUGGACUGAAAUACAAAGAAGAAUCCUACAUCUUUAAAGAGCUUGAGAGGAUUCGACAGGAAACUAAAAAGGAUCUUCUCCAAUUCCAGCAGAAGUUGGCCCCCAAGCCGGCUGUGGAUGAAGCUUCAGUGUGCGGCCUCCAGGCCCCGGGCCCUGCCCCUCCUGGGGAGAAGGGCAGCGCCGCCUACGAAGGACCCCAAAAGCCAUCAGGGUCCCCUCGAGCUAAAGGCCCUACGACCCUCACUGCGGCCCUCCUGCAGCAGGCGCCCCGAGGCGCAGCGCGGCCUCCGGCCCCGAGCGAGGAGGCCGCUCCUGGAAAGACCCGGCGGUUUCGCCCCCAGGACUUCUACGUGCGGAGCUCUGCGUUCCUCCGGCACCCGCUCCCGAAAAAGCCGCCGGUCAUUGCCUCCAGGGCUGGCACGUCCAGACCGUUAGUCCCGAUGCCGCCCCCAGCGGCAAGGGAGAGCCCCGGGGCGCGCCUGGGCGGGAGGAGCCCGCGGCCCACGGGCCUCAAGCCGGUCCCGCGUCCCGACCGGGAGCGCGGCGUGAAAGAGGGCACGGCUACGCCCGCAGCGGACCGCCAGGCCAAACCGAGGACGCGCAGCUCCAUUUCCAGCCGGGAGGGCGACGUGGAGGCGGGCGGCCAGCGGAGGAGAGCCAGGGCUCACACCCCCUCCUUGAGCCGGGCCUUAGCCAGCCGACCGCUCGGGUCAGUUUCCGAAAGCCAGCGGGGGAGCAUCCGGCUGGGCCGCUCGCGGGAGGCCGCUCAGCCGGUGCGAGUGAUCCCGACUUCCAUAGAGGAGAUCAUCGCCUCCUUGCAGUCGGAGGCCCAGCUGGCCUCCGACCAGACCAUCAAAGAGCUCAUCCAGAGUGUCCUCGGCGAGAACUACGACCUUAAAAUGGAAGAUAUAUCUUUAAUGGGGAAAGUGUACUGGCACAAGCCAUCUCAAGAGCAAGCAGAGCAAGGAUUACAGAUAAAUCUUGAGGAACCUCAAAUGAAUAUGCUUGAAGAACUUCCUAAAGCUAUCUCAAGUAUUUUCCAGCUUGAGCAAGAAGAUAUGUUAGAGUGGGGAGUCUCAGAAGCAGGAAGCACAGUAUGUAAAUCUCAGGAAACUCUGGAAGUUCGGCCAGCAGAUGAAUCGUCUUCGUUGAAAGACGAACAGCCCACAGGUGAUUCCAAAGCAGCCAAACAGGCAUCUUCAAAGGUGAAAUCAUCAGAAUUUUUGCAAAUUAGAGGAAAAGAAGUUAAGCGAACACAAAAAAGUAAAUUAGGAAUUCCAGAACAGAGACAAAGAAGGUGUUCAAAACCCUCGUGGGAUCAAAAACUACCGAAAAAAAAAAUUCUGCAAGACUACCACUUUCCAACCCUUCAUGAUCUGUGCACCACUGUCCCAGCCCAGGAGCUGCCUGUUAACUUGCACUUGGCUUCUCGAGUGUACCAUACAGCUGACAAGAAAGGUCACAAUACUUUGCUUACGAUAUUGGGAACCUCUUUCUUAGAUAAUCACUUAACAGAUGAAGAGCGAAGAGACAGAAUACUGCAAGGAAUUCCUGUUGUGGAUCACAAUCAAGACUAUGUUCCAGUCCUCCCACCACCACCAGUGGUAUUACCUCAGCUGACACAAGGAACUAGGCAACUUGCUCCCAAACCAUACCUACAACUCUUGGGAGAAGAAGUGUCUGCUUAUCCAGGAUGUACGAAGUUGUUUUGGAGUCUAACUUCACCCAAAUUCUCUGCCCCAGUAUCUGUUAUGAAGGAAACUCUAUAUCCAGAAUACGAGAGUAUUCAAACAAGCAGAAUUUUAACUGAGAGAUUUUCAGCUGAAAGCAAGGAAAGUGUCGUUAUUUUAAAUCAGCAUAGCAGAAGUACUAGGUUUUUUUCCCUAAGAAAAUCUGCAUCCUUUGAAAAUAUUCAAAAAUGUUUCAGUACACCAUUGCCACAGUUAAAGAGAGUAAAAUCUGCAGUUGAAUUGAAGAAGGAGGAGGAGGCCACAACGCCAAUAGAGAUUAAGGAUGACAUGCAAAGCAAUAUAAAAGACAUUGUAUUUCAGAAAGCAAAGCAGUUGGAGGAUUGGACGGCUCAGCAAAAUCAAACUGAAGAACCCUCUGAGAAAGAAAAUAUAGAUACCAUCUUAGAUAACAUUCAAGACAGAAGCAGUUUGAGAGAUCUGUCUCUCUCUCUCAUUGAAGCAUCUAAAAAAGCUGGCAUUAGUUACAUCGUUUAUCCCAAGAAAAAGAAGACGAGACUGAAGAAAAGAUUGAAGCACAGUAAACUUACAGCUGUGUAUGAUGAAUUAUCCAAGCCUCCAAAAGUGCUUAAAAGAUCAACAUCUCACGGAAUCCUUCCUGGACAGAAGAAAUAUUUAAUCAAAGUUCCAUUAUAUGAACGUAAACUUCCUUGUCCCAGUCUACCUAUGUGUUUAAAUUUUGAUGAAUUUGUCCAAAGUAAGGGAGGAAUUCCAGAAAAUUGUGACCCUCGAAUGUGGGCUCUUGAUAUGUUCUCUCAUCAUAAAAAUCAGAAGACGACCACAAAAAAGAAAGUUGUUAAAAUAUCUAUCCAGAAAGCCUCAUCUGAAAGAAUAAAAGAACCACCAAAAAUAGAAUUGAGUGAUUCUUUGAAGUCUAGUCUUUCUCCAGAACUUAUUAAACAUUACGAAUCCGAAGUGGAGAUCCUGACUAAAGAAAUAAAUGCUAAGAAAAAAUACCCUGCAUUUGCAUAUUGUAGGCGUGGAGCUAUUUAUAGGAAACUAGGAAAGUUACAGAGUGCCAUGAAAGAUCUGCAGGAAGCUAUAUUUUUGGAGCCAUUGUUUCUCAAUGCCUACUGGCACCGACAUUUCAUUUAUCUUUUUCAAGACAAAAUUAAUGAAGCUUUGGAUGAUUUGAAUUAUAUAAAUAAAUACAAUAAAAAUAAUGGAGAGGCAUAUUUGUCAAAGGCAGAAAUUUUCAGGAGAAGAAACAACAUUACUUUAGCAAUUCUAAACUAUACCCAGGCAAUUAAAUGCAAGCCCACAGAUGCCGAUAUAUAUUUCAGGAGGGGUGAGAUGCAUGAAAUAGGAAACAAAGUACUGGCCAUUGAUGACUUCUCUAGAUGUAUUUUUUAUGAUCCCAAAAGAACAGAUGCGUUAUUAAAACGUGGGAUGUUUUACUAUGAAAAUGAAAACUGGAUUUCAGCCAUACAAGAUUUUACAGCUCUAUUAAAUAUAGAUCCCCAAAAUUCUCAAGCCAGGACAUACAGAGGAAGAGCAUAUUUUAAACGGCAAUAUUAUAAACAAGCAACUCAAGAUUUUUCUGUGGCAAUUCACUUAGAUCCUAAUAACUGGUUAGCUUUGUAUUACAGAGCCUGCUUAUUUAGAAAGAGUAGCCCCUUUAGAGCACUGCAGGAUUAUAGUGUUUCAGCUCUCAUAAAUGAUGGCUAUGAGAAUCUUGGUUGUUUUCUACAUCGGGGCAUACUCUAUGCAGAUCUAAAACUUUGGUUGCUGGCAAUCUGUGACUUUGAAACUGUUAUUUCUCUAGAAAGAACCCUUAUUUUGGCUUACAUAAAUAUUGGCCUCAUACAUCUGCUAUACUUGGAUAACUACUUUGAAGCCACUUUGCAUUUUUCUGAGGCUAUUAGACUUGAUCCUUUAUAUAUUCAAAGCUAUAUUUGUCAAGCAGAAACCUAUCAGAAGUUACAUAAACCGAAAGAGGCAGUAAGAGAGUUAUCGCGUGCUAUCCACCUUCAGCCAGAUGGAAUCCAAUUAUAUAUAAUAAGAGGACAAUAUCUUCUUAUGAUGAAAUGUUAUGAUCUUGCAAAGUUUACUAUUUAUCAAGUAGCAGAAAUGAACAAAGGUCUCAUUGAGUUGAGUCCUAUACAGCAAGCACUCAUUUAUUCAUUUUGUGAAAACCAUGACAAGGCCAUCCAGGUCUUGGAUAGUGUCACUUUGAACAGGCCUGAGCUCACCAUGUAUAUUCUACUAGCAAAAGCCCAAAUGAAGGCCAAGAGAAACAAGGAAGCUGUGAGAAUGUUUAAAAAGGCGUUGGAUAUCUUUUCUCAUUCUGAUAAAGGACCAAAUGCGGUAGCAGCUUCAGCAGACUGUCUGUAUAACUUGGGUCUUUGUUACAUGGAAGAAGGCAACAUACAAAUGGCUUUUGAUUGUUUUACAAAAGCUGUGAAAGCAAAUCCUGAUUUUGCAGAAGGCUUUUAUCAACGUGGGCUUUGUAAAGUAAAACUCCAAAAGGAUAGCUCGGUCCUGGAUUUUAAUCGUGCAAUUACCCUCAAUCCAAAACAUUACCAGGCAUACUUAAGCCGAGUAGCCUUCUAUGGUUUGAAAGGUAGAUACUCCAAAGCAAUCUUGAAUUGUAAUGAGGCCAUUAAAAUUUAUCCUCAGAGUGUGCGUGCCUAUAUCUACAGAGGAGUUCUGAAAUACUACAACAAGACUUAUAAGCUAGCGAUUACAGAUUUAACUACAGCUAUCAAUAUGGACAAAAACAGUUAUGUAGCAUUUUAUAACAGAGCAUUAUGCUACACCAAGAUAAACGAACUUCAAAUGGCAUUAAUAGAUUAUGGAAUUGUGCUUCUUCUUGAUGCUGGAGAAACUGUGACUUUAAAUACUUUCAUUAAUCGUGGACUCAUCUACGUAGAGUUACAGCAGUAUAGUUUCGCAUUGGAGGAUUUUAAACAAGCUGCCCUGAUAAGCAAGACUAAUGUGAGCCUUUGUCAAGCAACUGCCAUGUGCUAUCACAGAAAUAAAGAGUUUGAAGAAGCUGUUGAUUUCUUCACUUGGGCUCUUAAAAUUAAUCCAUGUUUUCUGGAUGCUUAUGUUGGACGGGGAAAUUCUUACAUGGAAUAUGGUCAUGAGAAAGCCACCAAACAAGCACAGAAGGACUUUCUGAAAGCAUUGCACAUUAAUCCAACAUAUAUAAACGCCAGAAUUAGCCUGGGUUAUAAUUUGCAGGCCCAAGGAAAAUUCCAGAAAGCUUGGAAUCACUUUACCAUUGCCAUAGAAGUUGAUCCAAAAUGCUAUUUAGCCUAUGAAGGAAGAGCCGUGGUCUGUCUUCAGAUGGGUAAUAAUUUUGCUGCAAUUCAAGACAUUAAUGCUGCCAUAAAGAUCAAUACGACAGCAGAAUUCUUAACAAAUCGUGGUGUGAUUCAUGAGUUUAUGGGUCAAAAACAGAAUGCAAUGAGAGACUAUCAAGCAGCAAUUUCUCUAAACCCCACAUAUUCACUGGCUUACUUUAAUGCAGGAAAUAUCUAUUUUCACCACAGGCAGUUUUCCCAGGCCAGUGACUACUUCUCAAAAGCUUUAAGGUUUGAUCCAGAAAAUGAAUAUGCUACCAUGAAUCGAGCUAUUGCAAAUACAAUAUUAGAGAGAUACAAAGAAGCCAAAGAAGAUUUUGCACAUGUGGUUGAAAGCUGUCCCUUCUGGGCCGCAGUAUAUUUUAAUAGAGCACACUUCUACUGUUGUUUAAAGCAAUACGAACUAGCUGAGGAAGACCUAAGUCAAGCCCUGUCUUUGACGCCUGACGAUGCUCUAGUGUAUAAACUUAGAGCUGAGGUUCGUGGUAAAAUAGGUCUGACUGAGGAAGCUGUGGCUGACUAUAUUCAAGCACUCAACCUUCAAGAAUAUGCCUCAGGGAUAUGAUUACAGGGACCAUGGUUUCUGUAGCAAUCUACACAGCUCUUCUUCCCGAAAUUGAAACUUAUUUGUUGUUUCAAAGGUUUCACUAUUUUCAUUAUUGCAUUCAUUAUGUUUUAUUACCUGUAUAACCCUUUAAUUCAUUUUAACAAUAUAUUUACAUAUUAAUUCUAAGAACUCUAGAUCAUUUUCUGCACAUUUGAAAAAACUAAUAAUAACUGAAUUUCUUCAUGAGAUGCAGACUUCAAAUGGGAAUGUUUCUUUGGGAAUACUAACAUUUAAAAUGUUUUCUUUAAAGUAAAAUAAUUUCUUUUGAAACACUAUAAUCUGCAUGAUUAUAGAAAAAGUAUCAUUGAUCUUUUCAUCAAUACCUGCUCAUGAUGUAGUUGACCAUAUCCAGGUUUAAAAAAAAUAAAUGCAGAUCUUAUGGCUAUAAAGAAAUUAAAUACAUUUUUUCUCUCUUCCUGUAAACAAUGUCUACACAGGUCCCUAUUUUUCCUGGUACUUGUGUUAUUCCACCAGAUAAACACGUUUCUCUUUUACAUGUUUCCUCCGUUCCAACACAGCACCUAAAAAAUUUUGACCUUCCCGUUUCCUCGAUAUAGUUCUUUUUACCCCUUUGAUGAAAGUUUCAUAAACAUAUGUAAAAACUUUGUAUACAUUUAUAAUGAGUGCUUCAAAGAAGUUAAUGAGUAAAAAUUAAAGACCGCUAAAAAUUCUGUAUAGAAUGUCUAUAAAGGAUCCUUGGGUGAACCAGAGAACCCCUUUUCUUUAUUUUACUGCUAAAAACAAAAUUUCAUCCACAUUUGCUUCACUCAUUUAUGUUCGUUCUUCGUUUCAUUCUUCCAGUACAUCUCUAGUUCCUCAGAGACUUGUUUUCCCAGAGAUCAGACAUUUUGGAAAGAAUACUUCUAUCCACUCAGUUUCCUUUUUUAAAAAUUUUGAUGUACCAGAUUUUCACAGUAGAAGGUUGAUUUUCAUUUGUAAGCCUCGGUGGGGAUGCUUCACACUAUUUGAAGAUAAUCUUCUAGGCAUGAUGUGUGGGGCCCACAUGAGGAUUGGGUCACCCCUAGUGAGCUGUUUCUGUUGGUGAGUCAGACACAUUUAAUAAGCCACUUCGGAUCUCUUGCCUUUACUUGUCUCCAGACAGUUUUGGCCCACCCCGGGCCACAGAUGAGACUCAGACCAAGCGCAUGUCCCCACAGACAGCCCCUUGCCUCAUGCUUCACGUGGCCCCUGCCCCAGGGCAUCUGUGUUGGUGCUGGGGUGUUGGAUUGCUGCGGGAUGCUGCCAGCACUUCCCCAACUGUACUGUGGACGUGCAGGGACCUAAAUCCCUGUCAAAUGAACCUCUCAUGAUGGGAGAAAGGAACUGGUGGGUAGAAUCUUCUCCCUCCCCCCUCUUGGUGGGGUGUCCUGAGACAAUCAGCAUAUAUACCUUCCCUGAGGAUGCUCCCAGCCGCCACCUUCAAAACAUACCUUGUGUCCCCGCUUCUGCCUUCCCUGCCUCACUCCCUCGUCACUGCUCCUCCUUUCCCCAGUUUGCAUUUCUUGAUAAAGUCAUAGCACAGAAGCAUUUGCCUCUGGUUUUGCUUUUUGGGAUAAACCAGGCUAAGACAAUGAGUAAUUUAAUGUUUGUUUUUUUUUUUUUUUUUCUGGUCACACACAAACACUUAUAACAUGAGGCAGGACUGAUAUAAACCAAAGGCUAUAAUAGUAUAGUGGCCCAAAUCAUGUCCAACUGGUCAAAAUGCUACACGUCCCCCCUGUCCACAUCCCCUUGGCCCCCAGUUUCUGUGCACGCUGGCAGUGUCCUCCUGCACGCACCUGCACUUUCCGCCUGAGGCAUUUCUCUCAGUCCACUCACAGGCCAAGUCUGAAUGACUGGCGAGUUCACGUCCCUAGGAGCCACCUUCAGCAAUCACCGAUGGAAGGUGGGGGAUAAGCACUUCAGCUUUUGGCGUGAACACUGCCCCCCGCCCCCAGCCAUUCUGUUGCUGACCAUACAGGCUCCUCAAAACAUACUCUUUGUUGGUUUUCCUCCUUCUUGCCUCACUCUCUCCUCCUCAACACCAACUUGCUGGAACCCCCUUCCUAAUAAACCUCUGUCCUCGAAUCCUGGUCUCAAGGUCAGCUUCUGCGGGAACGAAUCUAAGGCGGCAUCAUGGAGGAAGAGGCACUGAAGCCAGAACCUUAGCAGAGGUCAGUGCGCAUGGGCAGAAGUAGUGGAUUGAAGGCCGUCCAUACAGACUGAAUGUCAGGACAGAGACAGAAAUGGGAAAAUAAGGCAUGUUUGGAGAGUGGCUGGAGCAGGGUCUUUGUCAGGAAAUGGUGACAGGAAACCAUGCUCACAUAGAGUCAGACAUGAAGAAUUUUUCGUGCUAGACAAAGGAGACAGAGCGAGGAGUUAAGACUUAACUAUGGGUGGGGUAUAAGGUGGGGGUGGGGUGGGAGAGUGACAGGUUUCUAUUCCCUUCAUUCCCUUCAUCUCCGUCUAUCCUCACAUUAAUGUAUGGGGGACAUUUGCUCAUCUCCAGAUGAAAACUGGACGUAUGAAAAUUGAUCAGAUCUCUACAGAGAGAGGUUUACCCUGUGUUGUAUGUGCUCCCCUCUGACUCCAAGUGAGUCCGUCUUUUCUGAGAAGAUCCAAGGCAGGUAAAGGAGACCCAGCAGGAUAGAGGCAAAAUGGAGAGAGGAUGAAGACGAAGGGAGAAAGUGAUUUCCAGAAAACUACUGGAGCUAAAUCGGGCACAGAAGACCCCAAGGCAGGAAGAAGGAGAUUCCUGGAUUCUGUCUUUUUUGUAAUAGCUUGAGUAAUGUUGAGCUUUUCAGCAGAUGAACUGAGGUAUAUCCUUCCCACCCUCAUGGGACUUAGUAAUCAUGUUUAACUUAUUUAUAAUAAACAUGCAAGCACACACAUACAACUACUGAUGAUAAACUCUGGGAAAUAAAAUUGGAGGGAGAAAAGAGUAAGGAGAUUUUUUUUUAACCUUUGCUGUUACAUAAAGCUCGAAGAAGACUA